AGUAUCAGCUAGCACGUACACGACUAAAAUAUAAACCUGAAAAAUUAUACGUUUAAAUAUUCAGUCUUUCGCCGCUUUUUGCCCCCAAACGCAGACUGAAUUUGAAGCUCGGUGUUUUUUUUCUACCAUUUUUUCGUUGUGAAAAGGUAACCAUUGAUCCUUGACAGCUUGCCAAGAUGCGUGAAAUUGUGCACAUCCAGGCCGGUCAAUGCGGCAACCAGAUCGGUGGUAAAUUCUGGGAGGUCAUCUCGGAUGAGCACUGCAUAGACGCCACUGGAACGUACUAUGGCGAUAGUGAUCUGCAGCUGGAGCGCAUCAAUGUGUACUACAAUGAAGCCACCGGUGCCAAGUAUGUUCCGCGUGCCAUCCUUGUGGACCUGGAGCCCGGCACCAUGGAUUCCGUUCGCUCCGGCGCCUUUGGUCAGAUCUUCCGGCCGGACAACUUUGUCUUUGGCCAGUCGGGGGCAGGCAACAACUGGGCCAAGGGUCAUUACACAGAGGGUGCUGAACUGGUGGACUCCGUCUUGGAUGUGGUGCGAAAGGAGUCUGAGGGCUGCGAUUGCCUUCAGGGAUUCCAGCUGACCCACUCGCUGGGUGGCGGCACUGGCUCCGGCAUGGGAACCCUGCUGAUCUCGAAGAUCCGCGAGGAGUACCCCGACCGCAUCAUGAACACCUUCUCGGUGGUGCCCUCGCCCAAGGUGUCCGAUACGGUGGUGGAGCCCUACAAUGCCACCCUGAGUGUGCAUCAGCUGGUGGAGAACACGGAUGAGACGUACUGCAUCGACAACGAGGCGUUGUAUGACAUCUGCUUCCGCACACUGAAGCUGACCACGCCCACCUAUGGUGACCUCAACCAUCUGGUUUCGGCCACAAUGUCUGGCGUGACGACCUGCCUGCGUUUCCCCGGCCAGCUGAACGCCGAUCUUCGCAAGCUGGCCGUGAACAUGGUGCCCUUCCCCCGGCUGCACUUCUUCAUGCCCGGUUUCGCACCGCUGACCUCGCGAGGAUCGCAACAGUACCGAGCUCUGACCGUUCCCGAGUUGACCCAGCAGAUGUUCGAUGCCAAGAACAUGAUGGCCGCCUGCGAUCCGCGACAUGGUCGCUACCUGACCGUCGCCGCCAUCUUCCGUGGCCGCAUGUCCAUGAAGGAGGUGGACGAGCAGAUGCUGAACAUCCAGAACAAGAACAGCAGCUUCUUUGUGGAAUGGAUCCCGAAUAAUUGCAAGACGGCGGUGUGCGAUAUUCCACCCAGGGGUCUGAAGAUGUCGGCCACCUUCAUUGGCAACUCCACCGCCAUUCAGGAGCUAUUCAAACGGGUGUCGGAGCAAUUCACCGCCAUGUUCAGGAGGAAGGCCUUCCUGCAUUGGUACACCGGCGAGGGAAUGGACGAAAUGGAGUUCACAGAGGCCGAGAGCAACAUGAACGACUUGGUAUCGGAGUAUCAGCAGUACCAGGAGGCCACGGCCGACGAGGAGGGCGAAUUCGAUGAGGACGAAGAGGGUGGCGGCGAUGAAUAAGGAGUAGCUAUCCACCCUAGAUCAAACUGAACACGAACUCGCUAAUGAGAACCCAUUAAGGAGCACAAUAGACUAUAUCUUUGGGCCUGAACAAUGUCCCUCAAGGCCCGUCGAUUGUACAUAUUUCCUAUUUGGAUUUCUUUUCGAUAUUUUACCAAUUCACACAUACAAAAAAGUCCACCUUUGUUAAGCUCCUGUUGCAAUUGCUGUGAAUUCUAGGUUAACAAAUAAAUGUUGAUUUCUAAGCCGAUAA